UGGAGUCCUGUCUAUCUCUGUAACAUGCUGACCAGACCGGACGUGUCGCGUGCAUUGCAAAAUAAAUGUACACAUACAUGUUAUUCAAUCAUUGCACCCACACUGGUGGCGUGCGUCAACGAACUCGGUUGAACGUUUUAUCUGUGGAUUAAUUGUCGGAGUAGAGGACCAUGUGCAUUUAAGGUAAAAUAACAACCCAAUGUUUAUAUCCCAGGACAAAUUAGUUAGCAACAGCAAGCUAGCUAGCCAAAUUGCCAUCAAUGCUUUUCGACUUAAACCAAAUUAAUAUAAUUGGUUUAGAGUAUGUUUUGAUAUUUCAACCUGCGUGUCCUUAUCGCGUCUGGUGUGGGGGGACAAAAUCAACAUUGUCUGGUCUGCAUGUAAUCUUGCUACUGUGUUUUUCACUCAAGGUAAGCACUUUAUCACAUUUCUAUGUCUGAAGGAACUUGAUAAAUUCAAGUAAGGUCAUUCUGAGCAAGUUACAGAGCCCGGGAGGUGACACAAAUUAUUUAAAAAAUAACUAAAAAAUCGUGCCCAUGUAAUAUAAAACGUGCCCAUUAAUUACUGAAACAUGCUCACAAAUUGAUAUAACAUGUCGACCAAAUGUUUUUUUAAAAAUGCUCACAAAUUUCUACAAAAUGAGCACAAAUUGAAAUAAAACAUGUCCACAAAUUAUGAAACAAACUCACGAAUUGUAAAACGUCCACUUUACUUUUCGUUUUGGAUGUUAUGAUGAAAUUCCCUGGAGGUGUGUGCCCGUUCAGUAAUCUGGCCCUGAUCAUCAAGUUAAACCACAGGUAUUGUUGUUACACAUCCUCACACUGUCUUGAUGAAUAAAACGGAGACUGUAGCCAGCUUCCAUUUCACCUCAUUUUAUUGUCCAAAGAAUGUUCUCAUAGUCCAGAAGUAUUGGAUGAAAAUCCACAAUGUUGGUGCCAUACAGGAGCACUGACCAAUCUGCCUCCAAAAUAGGACUGCUGGUUUUGAGGAUGGUGUGGAGUUCAGUGGUUGAUGAUCUGAGCACCCCCUGAGAUGAGGACCUGAGCCCUAGGACCAUGCCUCAAGACUACCUGGCCUGACGACUCUUGGCUGUCCCCGUCCCUACUCCACCUGGUCAUGCUGCUGACCCUGUUUCUGCUGUUCUGCCUGUGGCCAUAGAACACUGACGUGUUCACCGGACCCCCCGCCCCCUUAUGUUUGGUGUACUCAGUGUAUAUUGCCAGUACUGAAGAAUUUAAUCCCUAUUCGAAUCAAAUGUGAGAACAUUCUUGCCAUUUUUGAUCAAAUCAUUAAUACGAGUUGAUUGCCAUAACUCAAAAAUAUAGAUCGCUUGCAUAUUCGCCAUCACGUAGUUCGUUAUAUCUGUUCAUCUAAUAGAAAAAAAAAAAUUUUAGUCCUAAGUAUCUGUAAGACAUAUCAUCCAAUGGCAAGAUGUGUCAAAUUGCAGGAAAUUAACUUUAAAACGUACAUGUUUCUCUCUGCCAUCAAGAGGGGGGCCACAAUUAAAUCUCAAUUAGGGUCCCCAAGAAGCUAGAGCCGGCCCUGCUCUGGAGCAUCACUUUCAUAUAAAGUGUUAACAAAUGUUCUUGUGUAGAGAUGACACAUCCACUGCUAAUUAGGGCCGGGCCGAUACCAGUAUCCAAAACACAAAGCGGAUUUCAUUUCUUUAGGAAAACAGCUGUGAUGUUGGAAACAAAUAUCAUUAUGAGUCAUAUUUAUUUUUUUUCCAAGCUAUAGCACACAAUAUUUUACAUACAACAGGUUUUUAAAGGACCAAAGAAUGAGAUCUGCGUUGUGUUUUCCUUUUGCCAUUAAAAAUAUAUUGCGAUACUGGUAUUGUCCCGGCCCUAAUACUAAUGUGUAGUAUACCUAAGCGAGCAGUUACCAUUUUGCACCAGAAAGUUCACUCCAUAUCAAUGAUCUAUUGCAUUGUCACACCAGGGCUGUUUGGAGUGAAUCCUAACUUCCACUCGAGUCAAACGUUCAAUGUGAGAGGCAAAGUGAACAUUUGUGGAAGUCAGGAUCUACCCCUUAGUGAUUGACUGUUAAUUGACCGCUCUCCCUCCUUACCUCAGCCCACCGACCAGCAGGGCAUUCAUGACACGGGUAGGGGUGCAGCUCUGCACCAUGUGACCCAGGGCAAUGUUUGCGCCCUGCCGGAUGAAGGUGUUGGCCUCACUGGCUUUGUGCAGCAGUACGCGUGCCGUCAUCUCCACCUCACUGUCCAUGGCCCUCUGGAGGUAGAUGUACAUGUCACCCAGUGUGGCCAUGGCAGCACAGGACACUGCAGAGCGCAGGUUCUUCACCUGAAUCAUAAUAACACGCACAGGCCCAGCUAUUAAUGUUGAGCAGUACAACCUACAAACAUCAGAAACAUGACACAAUAAUUUGUCUUGACUUGUUCUCCAAAUGUAGCAGAUUUGUGCAAAUGAAUGAACAUGGCAAUGAAUGAAUAAAGCUACCUCAUUUAUAAUGGCAAGGCAGAUAUCGUGGAGUUUAGGCAUCAGCAUGUCCAUGUGGUUCUGAGCCAUCGCACGGAGAGAGGUCAAACCCUCAAUCUUCUUCUCCCUGCAAUUCAGUGAAAUAAACGUAAGAAAUUUCCACAACAUUUUCUAAAAACAUUAUGAUGUUCAUCAAUUAGGACUCCGGUCUCUUAAUUUCUGAAGUUUCUACGCUCCGUAGCUCAAAUCUACAUUUCCAAGGACACUACACUGUGCUUCCUUUAGCCUAGCUCCCAUGGUCUUGUCUACAGUGAAUGCUCACCAGUCAUCAGAGGCAGAGUGGAGCAGCUUGAAGGUCUUAGUCAGGGCCUGCUCUGGGUUGGACAGGGGUUGCAAUCUGGCCUGGUCCUGACUCUUCUUUAUUUGGCCCUUUGGCUCACUGGCUGCCUUCUUGUCUAUGGGUUGAAAGCGGACAUCUAUCUCUCUGUGAACUGUAUAUAUUUAUUCAUUUCCAUAUCUGUUUGUAGCUUUUAACACUAGAACAUAUUAGUUCAUUAUGAUAUCAUAUAACUCUAAAUGUAGCCCACAUGCUUUGGUGCUCACCAUGCUCAGAAGCAGGGUCCAGUUCAAAUCAAAUCCAAUUGUAUUUGUCACACGCGCCGAAUACAACCUUACCGUAAAAUGCUUACUUACAAGCCCUUAACCAACGAUGCGGUUUUAAGAAAAAUACGUGUUGAGUAAAAAAUAGACAAGUAAAAAAAAAUAACAGUAACAAAUAAUGAAAGAGCGGCAAUUCAAAUAGUCUGGGUAGCCAUUUGAUUAGCUGUUCAGGAGUCUUAUGGCUUGGUGGGUAGAAGCUGUUGAGCUUUGAGCAAAGGUUAUCUCACUGUGAAACAGGCAAAGCAAGUGUGGAAAAAUGUCUUAGCCCUGGGCUAAGCUGGAGAAAAAAAGUUAUAUGAAAAGCCAUUUGUGUCCGUUCCCUUCCUACUGUCUUCCUAUAAAUCUACCUAGCGUCAUCUCCCCGUCUAAUUUACAUUAGUGUGAGAACAUGAGAGGGACUGACCUGAGCCGGUGGCAGCCUUUGGCAGGCUCAGGAACCUUAUUGGCCGAGGCAGUUUGCUCCUGAGCUUGGUAAGAGAGGUAGCAGGCCUGGGUGUGGUGUCACAUGACUUGACCGGGGUCCCGACAUCCAAGUAGUCACGGAGCUCUGCAGGGGUGUUCAUAUCCACUGAGCUCAGGCUUUCCAGAGAGCUGGUGUCUAUUUCCCUCAUGGACAUAACCGAGCCCAAACUUCUGCCCAUGGCCUUCACCUCUUGUACAACCUUUGGCGUAGACCAGAAAAGAAUGCUCCCAUCAUAGAAAUACAUAUAGAACUAUAUACAUUAACUAAUACAUAGAGAGAUCCUGUAUUCUAUGAUCUAUUCUAGUAUCCUAAGACAUGGAACCACUGUCUGUUUUGGCAAUUUAUCAGUCCAAGUAUAAUCCCGAACUGCAAAUUUGCACAUUUACAAUAAAUUCAAAGUCCAUCCUACCUUCCAGGCCUCCUCCUUCAAGUGAGCCUCGAUGGCCCUCACCUCCUUCAACAGGUCAAUGGGUCCAUUGUUGUCAGCACAGCCCUGGUCUGACUGGACUUUCAGGGCCUUGACUCCCCGCCUGCCCUUCUUCUUCUUGCCCAUCUUGGAGGGAGCUCCAGUGGGAGGGACGGGAACAGGACGCACGCUACUGCAUAACUUCUUUACCUGGAUGGACUCCAGAGAGUGAGAUCCGGGUGGAACUUGGGCUCCGUCCACCCCCACCACGUUCUUCAGUGGGGCCAGAGCUAUGUGUUCCAGCCUUCGCGGCAAAGUCUUCAGUGGAGCUUUCGGGCAUGGAAGGCACUGAAUAGAGGGGACGAAGUGGUGCGCGAAGGUGCUGCCAACCCCGAUGAGAGCAGUCCGGACAUAAUUAUCGUGGACAGCACUUAUCUUUCUUUGCUUUACUUCCAUGGCCUCUCUCUCAGCUCUCUGCAUCUGCAGAAGUCUGGCAUCGCUGAUGAAGCCACGAUGGCCCUCUGGGAUUGAGUAGCUCUCUUGAUAGCCCUGGAUCGCAAUGGUACAGUAUGAAAUGAAUAGCAGAAGUGAAGUAGUCAAAAUAGUUUCUACUGUGUGUCAUAUAAAGCUUUUAAGCUGAAGAUGUUAUGGAUGUAGGCUAUUGUAUAUCUUUGAAACCAUAAAAUAAACACAGUGAUAUUUUAGAAAAACUGAUGAGCCUUACAAAACUUGAAAACUUGUCCUGGUCACCCUGUCGGUUUAAAGCCAUGUUUUGCUUCCUCAAGUUUUCGAUGACCCUCUUCAUCUGAGAGUUCUCCUUCUGGAGUUUGUCAAACUCACUUGUUUUUCUUCCUCGAUAAGCCAUUGAUGAUAAGUAUUAGCACUCUCUAAAUAAGAACGUAACCUAUCUCUGUGAGAGAUCUAUCAUGAAAUGAGUGGAAAUUGAAUUUUGCCAGUCAGAUGGAACCAGCAAUGACAUCAUGGCAAGGGUUAUGUUACAUUGUGAUGUCAUAAUGGGGUUUGUUGACAGUGCUGAUUAGCACAUGGUGAACAUUCAUGAAAGCUUUUUGAUUCCCAUAUAAAAUCAUAAAUAUGUGAUGAGUUUGUAAAUACUGUAAUGAAACAAUACUAUAUAUACACACACUGAAAAUCCAAUUCCUAUUCUCUUAAAUGUUUUUCAAUGAAAAAUGUGUCACUUGAAUCUGGUUUAGUUUCUGAAUUGACUGGAUUUGAAAUGGAAUUAACCCCAACCCUAAUGACCAAUGAUAAAAUAAUACAUGCUGUAUCCCCAAAAAAUCACUAGAGGACGAUAUUGCCUAGCAUGUCUGACCAUGAGAACGGGCCUUUGGUUUUACCUUAAGAAAUGGUAUAGCAUGAUUACAAGAAUGAGGGAUUCUGUGUACAUCACUUUAAAAUGAAAGUCAAUGUGCUCUCUAAAGCAAACAGGAUAUUGUUUGAAGAGAUUCUAUUGGGUGUGAUGUCCAUGAAUGCCACUCAAGGAAGCAGAGUUGAGCUGAAAAAUCGAAAGUGAAACUAUGAGAAACACUGUCAAAACAUUGGAGGCAAAAAAGGUAGGUUAAUCACGAGAGAAAGGUAAAAACACUGUAAUAAUAUUUUAGCGAAUUACCGCAGUACAGCUGCUAUGGUGAUCAGGGUUGAUUUUAAUUCUGUUAGUUCAGGAAAAUGAAAAGUCUUCAUAAAACAGGAAAUUAAGGGAGAUUUGAAUUAAUUCAAUUAUUCCCUGAACUGAUUCCAGCCCUGGUGGUGACUAUACAACAUACUCUUUAUGGACAGAGAAGUUGGAGUUUAGUUCAGGGGAAAAUAAGUGUUCAGUGACACCUUGUAUACAUUAUGAUAUCCUACUGUGUAGUCAAAUUAGCACACUUGGGGCUUGAUGCAGUAGCGGAUAAUAUCUGCGUUGUAGUUGACGUUUAAAGACUAUUUCUGAUUCAGCUACAUAUGCAGCAAUUACCGUAAAUGCGGUAUCCGCAACUGCGGGAACAUUGCCUUUGUCAAAAGCCCUAUAAAGCGGAUCUUCAGCUGUACGGUUCGAAUUAGAAUUUCUGGUGGAAUAAAUCAUGGAAACAUGCUUGAGUAAAUAAUAAUUUGAGUGGGGAGAUUUUAGAAAAGAAAACCUCUAUGUCUGUGUCUUUAAUAUGUUUUGAUGUGUGUGUACAACACAUAUAGCCUAACCAGGUACAGCCUGGAGAGGAUAGGCCACCCCUCUCUCUGAACUGAGCUCCUCUCCAGGUUCCUUCAUGGGAGUUUUUGUCACUGUGCUCUCACUUCUGCUUUGGUUGCGCUUUGGGGUCUAGGCUGGGUUACUGUUAAGCACUUUGUGAUAACAACUGAUUUAUGAAGGUCUUUAUAAAUACAUUUGAUUGAUUGAUCUCAUCUGUUUACAAAUUGGUGUCAACUGUGUGUCCGUUAGCAGAGCCAUGCCAGCGAAGUUGGUGCAGUUCAGCGGUUGGGAGGCUGUGGUUGAGAAGCAGAUUGUCCUGAAACCUGGUCAGGCACCACGGGGCAGACAAGGCUACACCAUGUACCAUGGCACCCACCGUGACAGCGCUCGAGCCAUCAUCACAGGGGGUUUCCGGCCCUCUGCGGGGGGCACGUUGGGCCCGGGGGUCUAUUGCAGCCGGGACAUAGCCAAGGCGCAGGGCUACCCUAGUGGGUGCCCCCCUGGGCAACACGUGGUACUGCAGCUGAAAGUCCGGGUGGGUCGCGUGAAGAAGAUGGAUGGACAGAAUUUAGCAAUGUGGCACUCGUGGCAACAGAGCGGCUAUGAUACUGCCUGGCUGCCCUCCACCGUCAUUGGGCAUGAGGAGGACUGCGUUAAAGACCCCAAGCGGGUGGCGGUGGAAGGCAUUGCACACUGUGGCGACCCGGCCACGAAGAAAGCCCUCGAGAAGCUCAUCAGUCAGCAGAGACAGGGGGCAGAGUCAAGUGGACAGGGAAACGAGCAGGGGGUUGUGGGCAGGUGUAAGGGGUGCAAGAUGCAGACACCGAUUGGCCACUCUCUGGAGGUGUGUUGGGGGUGUGACGCCACUGUAUGCCCUUUUAUGAACAAACAUGUCUGCAAAAGGAGCAGUUGAAAGCGACAGAUUUGAAAUACUGAAUACUAUAUGAUUAUGACAUUAUUGGUUAAUUCGACAAUAAAAAAAAGUUUGUGUGGA